GUAUGGGACAUGGCAGUUGAGCGGAGCAUCUAAUACAAGUACAAUUGUGGAUUAACACUGAGAGGAGCACAGUCCCAAGGGCUUCAGGCACAAUGGGGAUCCAUAAAACCAAAAUGUUGUCAAACAGAACUGCAGACGAUGUUGUCAACAACCUGCCGAGACCCGUAUUGAAGGAAACUAUGGUGAAGAGCCUGGAGAUGUUGGGUGGGGGGAAGUUUAAGGAAUUUAAGGAAAGACUGAGUGGCUGGGAUGUCUCUGCUGGGUAUCAAAGGAUCCCUAUGGGGUCUCUGCAGGGAGCAAAUGCGGGGCAAGUUGCCGACCUUAUCAUCGACUAUUACAAACAGUCCUAUGGGGUGAAAGUGACUCUUGGAGUGUUGGGUGCAAUUGGCGCUGGGGCUGCUGCCAACAACCUUGAGAAAAUAAAGGAGUUGUGAUUUUAAGAGAAUCCCAUUCUGUCCUUUAUCCGCUUCCUGCUGCCAAUGCGCCAAGACCCCAACAUGGACCCCCAUGAACUCAGAAGAACAAGAAGACAUUUGUGCAUCACUAACUGGCAACCUCCUAUCAUUAAACUGCUUGAACCCUGAAAACUCAGCUCCCCGUGGCUUGAAUACAGAUCAUGACUUGAACACAAUGUUUAGAUCAAAUGUUAAAGUUGUGUUAUUAUUUCACAGUGUGUGGCAUUUGCACCAUUCCCCAAAUCUACACGCCGGCUCCUGCCCGUCCACUGCUGUUUAUUGCCCCCCAGUAACUCAUUUACCCUUUGUUUUCCUUCAACAAACAGGCUGAACCCCGAUCCACUGGAGUAUUUCCUUCAAUGGAUUUGAUCAUUAUUCAUGGAUUUUGAGCUUAUUACUGCUAGACGCCAGAUUGGAAGAGACAAAAAAUAUUUUCCCCUUCUUAUCUCUAUAAGACUUUUUAUACUCAUUAGGUUUUUUUCUGUUCAGGGUGAAUCACAAUAAUUUGGUUACUAUUUUAUAAUAUUUCUGAGAUUUUGGUAAAAAUGUUAUCUACCUAUAUAGACAUCUUAUUAUCAGCAAAAUACAUUCUUAAAGGGGUACUAACAAAUAAAUGCCAGAGCUGCUUUAAUAAACCGCAGUCAAUGAAAUCUCA